UUCCCCCCCUUCCCCUUCCCCUCGUCGGCGUGACCCCCCCUCAUCUUUUGACCCCCCCUCCCUCUUUGCGAGGCAAAGUGGGAGCGCUGCGGCGGCCUGGAGCUCGACCCCGUGCUCGGCAGUGGAGCGGUCGUCCUGAUGGACGCGGAGUGGAUGGUGAGGCGAGCGCGCACUGGCGGCGUCCUCGAGCCGCGCCAGGCGUUGCCGCCGACGGCCUUCAUUUCCCACAGCGCCGUCAAAGCCGCCAGUUCUUCGUUGCUGCACAUCGCGUGCAUAUCACACUGCUGGCUGCAGGCGAACCACCCGGAUCCACGCGGGCACAACCUGCGCAUCGUGGGCCAGGCCCUGCAGCUGCUGCUGGGCUAUGUCGGUGGCCGCUGGGGUGUAUUCAUGGACUUCUGCUGCAUCCAUCAAAACUGCAGGGACCGCGAGGGCGUUCCCCAGCAGCACACCUACCAGCGGCUCGAAGGCUCAGAUUCGUUCGAGGACGAUGCCCUCGGCCGCUUCGAGCUGGAGCAUGCGCUCUUCAAGGAGGCAUUGGGGAGCCUGGGGAGCUUCUACUCCCACCCCGCCACUGUCGUCUUCAUGCUGACGCGGUUUCCAGAUGAUUACGGCGAUGCUGCAAAGUACACCCGGUCGGGCAACACGGAGCAGUACUUCAACCGUGGCUGGUGCUUCUGCGAGUCCUCCUGGGCGAUGCUGACGAAGCCGUCUGGCAAUCUCUGGGACCUCGGCCGAUGCACGGGAGCGGAGACCCACUUCUGGGAGUUGGUGCAGACCUGCCGCGCGGGGCGCCGGGCGCCCCUCCUGCCCGACGCCUUCGACGUGGAGCUGCAGAGCAAGGGCUUCACCAACGGCAAGGACGACCGGCCCCGGGUCGCCGAGCUCUACCGCUCCGCCUUCGCGCAGCGCUUCGAGGCCGCGGAGGAGCUGCACUACGACGGGCUGCAGUGGGGCGACGAGGAGGCGCAGCACCUGGCCGCCGUGCUCGCCUCGGGCGCGCUGCCCCGGCUGCAGAAGCUCUACCUCUGGAACAACCGCGUGGGCGACGAGGGCGCCGCGCGGCUGGCGGAGGCCCUGCGCGCCCCGGGCGCGCUGCCCCAGCUGCAGGAGCUCAGCCUCCGCGGCAACCCGCUCCGCGUGGGCGGGCCAGGCCCGGCGGCGCUGCGCGCCGCGUGGGCGGAGGCCGGGCGCCCGGCGUGCAACCUGUGGCUCGGCUUCUGAGGAGGGCCGGGCGCGGCGCGGCGCGCGGCCGUCCGAGGCGCGCGGCGCGAGAGGCCUCGCCGCCUCCGCCGCCCUCCCGGGGCCCUGCCCCUCUGCCCUCCUCCCCUCCUCCGCGUCUCCUCCUUGCGUUAGCCUCGCCGCCGUCGCCCUCUGCCAAACCCAGGCUGGCUGAGGCGACCUUGGGGGCUCGGAAUUCUAUUUCGUCUGCACAGACGGCUUCCCAUCUAGCCUCGUCUCCCCAAACAAAUGUAGAUGUGU